CCCCCGCCCCGAGAGCCCCCUCGGACCCCUCACCCCGGGGGGUCCCGGGCGGUGUCACCCCCCGGCCCUGCGGGGACGCUGGCCCGGGUCUGGCUGGGGACCGAAGCCCCCGGGGGGGUCUAGGCACCCCCUUGUCCCUGUCGUUUUCCCCCCCGGCCCCUGCUGUCCCCGAGGUGGUGGCCAGGCCGUGGCAGUGCCACCAGCCGUGCCCCCCAGCCCCGCGGGGACACCGGGGGGUGACCCAAGGGGCCACUGGCCCUCGCCGCCCCGCCGGUGGGGGUGGUGGCAGUGGGGGGGGCGUGGCGGGGGUCCCCGUGUCCCCCCGUCACCCGGCGCUGUCCCGUUCCAGGCUCAGCGAGUGCGUGCGAGGCUCCGGUGAGUGGCACUGUUCCCGUGUCCCCGCGGGUUCCCCGGGGUCCCCUGUCCCCCUGUCACCACCACAUCCCUGUGUCCCCCCCAGUGUCCUCCCUGUCCCCUCCCUCUGCGUGUCCCCCCCGGGCCUGUGUCACCCAUGUCCCCGUGUCCUCCGCACCCCCACGUCCUCCCUGUCCCUUCCAUCUGCAUGUCCCCCCAUCCCUCUGUCACCCGUCCCCACGUCCCCCCCCUCCUCAAGCAGUGGGUGACAAGGUCACCCCAGUGUCCAUCCCGCACCCCCCGAGGGCAGGGGGUCCCCAGGGAGGUGACACAACGCUGGGGACCCAACGCCCACCCUGACCCUCCCCUCGCCCCUUCCGAGCCGCGUCCCCCUCCCGCACUGUCCCUGUCGCCCGCGUGGUCACGGCCGGGCCGGGGGUGGCCCUGGUGACAGGUGCCAAAGGGCUCCGGGAAGGUGUCAGGGACACGGCCCGAGCGGCACGUGCCGGCGGGGACACUGUGGCACCGUGACACGGUGACGAAGGCUCCAGAGUCCACGUGCCACCGACGCCACUUCUCGCAUGUCCCUGCUCGUGUCCCCUGUCCCGUCCCUGGUGACAUCACCCAUCCCUCCAACAUCCCCAGGGAUGGCGGUGACGCGCGUGUCCCCCUCUGCCGGCGCCCUCCACACGUCCCGGGGGGUGCGGGCGGAUUUUGGGGUGCGGGACCUCGCCGGUGACAGCUGUGUCCCUCUCCGCAGAGCCCGGCGGGAUGCGGGGUCCCGGCGUGUCCCUGUGGGCGCUGCUGUGCCUGGCGGUGGCGCUGGCCGGGGGUCGCCCCGCGCGGCUCGAGAGGGUCCGGGCGGACGCGCGGGCCCUGACCCGGACCCUCAGCGCGCGCCUGCAGCAGCUCCAGCUGUUCCCGCUGACCCUGCGCGUCACCGGCCUGGAGGGGGUCCCGGAGGGGGGGCUCCCGGACGGGGGGGUCCCGGCGGGGCUGGCGGGGGCUGCGCAGCGGCUCCAGCUCUUCCAGCGGCUCCUGGCGGCGCUGGCCGGGGGCGACCUGCGGCUGGCCCAGGUGGCCAACGACCUGGAGAACCUGCGCAGCCUCCUGGCCGUGCUGGCGGCCCUGCUGGGCUGCCCCCCGCCCCGCGACCCCCCCGUCGCCCCCCCCGCGCCGCUGGCCGAGGCCCCGCACACGGUGGCCGGGGUGGCCCUGGCGCGGCUCCGGGGGUGCUUGGAGGGGGUCGCCGCCCGCCUCGAGGGGGGUCCCCGCGUGUUAAGGACCUUCGGGACCCCCGGGAACCCCCGGACCCCCCUGGGUCCACACGAACACGGCCAGGACCUCACCGGGACCCCCCGGACCUCACAGGGAUCUCAUCAGGACCCCACGGACAGAGGGGACACCACGAGCGUCCCCAGGCACCGGAGCGGCUCCAGCUGCUGCCGGCACUUUUUUCUACAACAUUACUACUAUUAUUAUUAUUACUAUUUUUAUUAUUAUUAUUAUUGUUAUAUUACUAUU